UAGCUUUCCUGUUUACGGCAGGCCUGGUGGCCCACACCUCCCUGUGCCCUCCGCCCUGACCGACCCUCAACACACCUGCUCCUAGGGAGUUAUUAAUAGAGCCCAGAAGACGACUUACGUUGUCAAAUGAUCUUCCUACAAAUCUACUUUCUUGCAUGGCUGCCGUUUUGGAGGCCCUCUCCAGCCAAGGAAAAGCUACACAAAAAGCUUGGUAUUGCUCACUGACCCGGCCCUGCUAUAACUGAAGGACCGCUCAACCUCGCCCUCUAGCGUUCGUCUGGAGAAGUACCACCCCCGGGCUCCUGGGGACACACUGCGGCUAUGGUAUCCACCAGCGUCCCGGUGGUUAAGGCCCUCCGUAGCUCAGUCUCCGAUUAUGGUAACUAUGAUAUCAUAGUACGGCAUUAUAACUACACAGGCAAGUUGAACAUCGGGGUGGAGAAGGACCAUGGCAUUAAGCUGACUUCAGUGGUCUUCAUUCUCAUCUGCUGCUUCAUCAUCCUAGAGAAUAUAUUUGUCUUGCUAACUAUUUGGAAAACCAAGAAGUUCCAUCGGCCCAUGUACUAUUUCAUCGGCAACCUGGCCCUCUCGGACCUGUUCGCAGGAGUGGCUUACACAGCUAACCUGCUGUUGUCUGGGGCCACCACCUACAAGCUCACCCCCGCUCAGUGGUUUGUGCGGGAAGGGAGUAUGUUUGUGGCUCUGUCUGCCUCGGUGUUCAGCCUCCUUGCCAUUGCCAUCGAGCGCUACAUCACCAUGCUGAAGAUGAAACUACAUAAUGGGAGCAACAGCUCGCGCUCCUUCCUGCUGAUCAGUGCCUGCUGGGUCAUCUCCCUCAUCCUGGGUGGCCUGCCCAUCAUGGGCUGGAACUGCAUCAGCUCACUGUCCAGCUGUUCGACCGUACUCCCACUCUACCACAAGCACUAUAUUCUCUUCUGUACCACUGUCUUCACUCUGCUCCUGCUCUCCAUCGUCAUCCUCUACUGUAGGAUCUACUCCUUGGUCAGGACUCGAAGCCGCCGCCUGACCUUCCGAAAGAACAUCUCCAAGGCCAGCCGCAGUUCUGAGAAGUCUCUGGCCUUGCUGAAGACUGUCAUCAUUGUCCUGAGUGUCUUCAUUGCUUGCUGGGCCCCUCUCUUCAUCCUACUGUUGCUGGAUGUGGGCUGCAAGGCGAAGACAUGCAACAUCCUGUACAAAGCAGAGUACUUCCUGGUCCUGGCUGUGCUGAACUCAGGUACCAACCCCAUCAUUUACACUCUAACCAACAAGGAGAUGCGCAGGGCCUUCAUCCGGAUCAUAUCCUGUUGCAAAUGCCCCAAUGGAGACUCCACUGGCAAAUUCAAGCGGCCCAUCAUCCCAGGCAUGGAAUUUAGUCGCAGCAAAUCAGACAACUCCUCCCACCCGCAGAAGGAUGAUGGGGACAACCCAGAGACCAUUAUGUCCUCUGGAAAUGUCAACUCUUCCUCCUAAAACCAGAAGCUGUUGAUACUGGGGAAGCAUUCAGACUUGGUCACCUACUACCCCAGAGUUUAAAAAAUGGCUCUCAUUCCCCCACUGCUGUCUGGAAGGAGCUAUUGGGAGCCCGAGAGAGGGAGGGAAGGGAGAAUGUGUGGCCUGGUGAUGCCAUGAUGUAAGUAGGUAGUUCUUGUGAACAAUGCACUGGGAAGGGUGGAGAUAAGGUCUGGCCUCCAGUGGGUUUCCUGCCCUCCCCCACACCCUGGAGCUUUGAUUUUGCACUGAGCCAAAGGUCUAGCAUUGUCAAGCUCCUGAAGGGAUCAUCUGACCCCUUCUCAAAGACUAAGGUCCCAUGAGAAAGUGUCCCUGGAGUCUUGCGAUGUGAUCUUUCACCGUAAAGGCAAAGUGAGUAUGUAUCCUUUAACUUGGUAGGGUGGUACGCAUGUCCCACUCUCCCUCCCCUUCUCAUCCUCUCUCCGCUUCCCACUACUUCUCCAUAUUCUUUUCUUUUAUAUCUUAACUGUCUGUUGGUCAGAAGGAGGUUAUACGGGGCUCUAUUCCUUGAUUGCCUGAAACUGGCAGGCUGUUAACUCGGAAGGCUAUUUGCUGAGGCCAAAGUUUCCAUGUAAGAUGGGUCAAGUUGUUGGUGAUUUGCUAGGCCAUCUUUAAUUUCAAAAUGUUUUCUUUAUUCCUCACAAAUUCCUUAUUCCCAUUACAACCACAAUGGAUAUGUGUUAGUAAUGUGGAUAACAAAGUCUACUUUAUUUCAGCUAUAUCAGACGUGAUCUAAGAUGUGUUCCUUACUCCUCAUGCAUUCCUUAUUCCUGUUACAACCAUCAUGGAUAUGUGUUUGUAAUGGGAAUAACGAAGUCUACUUUAUCUGAAUUCUACCAGCCAUAAUCUUAGGUGUGUUCCAGGACUAUAGAAGAAAAA